CACAUGUGGGAGUGUCAGUGUGGCCUCAGAACCAGGCCAGCUCCUUCCUCACGCACUGCCCGCUCUCCAGACACGCAAAUGGGGGAAAAGAAGGAGAAAAGUCCCGAUGAGGUGACAUACUACAGACUGUCAGAGGUGGAGGAGCAGAACUCCUUCAGGUCCACCUGGAUCAUCAUCCACAACAAGGUGUAUGACGUCACCAGGUUCCUGGAGGAGCACCCCGGAGGAGAGGAGGUGCUGAGGGAGCAGGCGGGAGGGAACGCCACCGAGAGCUUCGAGGACGUCGGUCACUCCACCGACGCCAGAGAGAUGGCCCAGGACAUGAUGAUCGGAGAGCUGCACCCGGACGACCGAGACAAGAUCGCCCCUCAUGAUGAAACACUGGUGACCACUUUGAAGGACGAUCACAGUUGGUGGACUAACUGGUUGAUUCCCAUUCUGGCGGCGACCAUCGUCACGCUGCUGUACCGCAUCUACACCUCAGAGAGCGAGUGACAUCAUCAGACACGCAGCUGUGAUGUCAUCAAGAGACAGCUGCAUCAGCCAAUAACAGCGCAGAGGGACGGCGGGCCAACGACCAUCGGACCAGUGGAUUAAAACCAGCUGUUCUAGAGUCACCGACUCACAGUACUACAAUACCCAGGAUGCAUUUCAUGCUGUUAAACCAAUCGAUCACAUGGUCUCAUGCUAAUGAAGUCAUUAUUGUUGUUGACACUUUGAAUCACAGAUACAUAAUUUGUUAUAUCUUUUUAUAUAUUUGUAACUGAAUGUAAAUGAGUUUAUUAAUAUGCAACCAGCAGUUAACAGAGCAGUCAUGUGACCCUGCAGUCAUGUGACCCUGCAGUCAUGUGACCGUGCUCUGAUCCUUUAUGCAGAACAUCAUAACAUGAAACACGAUUAUGAAGCUUUUAAUGACUUUGUCCUGUUAUGAAGCUACAGGUGCUUUUUGGAUCUAAUAACUUUUAAAUGUCAUAAAAUCUACAAAUGGCUGAUUUUCAUAGUUUGUUUAAAGCUUUGAUUUGUUAAAAAAUUAGUCUGAGACUCAACUUUCUUUGAACUCUUGUCGGUUUCUUUUUCUUCCUUUUACUGAUGGUGACUCACCUGCUCUGACCUUUGACCUCCGGCUGGUUAUUUUAAGCUGGUCAACACUUCCAGAGAAUAGAAGAUGUUUUCUCCCUCCUGUCGUGAGAUAUCCGAUCACACAGCUAUUGUUUCAGAUUUAAUUACUCCAGUUUGACUCUCUGGUUCAGAUCAAAGCCGUUAUAAUCUGACAGAUGUUCAUAUUCAUCAGCGAUGCAGGUAAACAGCUGGAUGCAACUGACCCAACAAUCAUCAUACGUCUUGUUUGUUUCUGGUAAUUUGCUUUAAUUGCAAUUUAGUUUGGGAAUAUUCACACUGAUGAUGCAGGUUAGACCUUACAGAGCUAUAGAUGCAUAUUCAUAUGAAGAAUCAGCAAAACACAGAGCAGAGAGGAGUAUUUCAACAUGUACUCAGUACGUGUUCGUGUACAGCAGAGAGAGUUUCUCAGUGAGAUGUACAUUAAACACAACAGCAGCUCUGAUAAUAACAGUGAAAAACGCUCAUGUGACUCUUUGAAUCACUUGCAUAUUGAAGUUAUUAUCAGAGAAAAAUGAAACAAUGAGAUUAAUCUGCAGCAGGUUAAGACUUCAUAAAGUGAGAGAACUUCACAAUCAUCUGUGAGAUUAUUAUUUUAGUCCAAAAUCACACAAUGCACCAAUUCACUUUUAACGUUUAAUGCUUGAAAGCAUAAAAUAUGAAUAUUUUAAUGCAUAGAAGGAAGAUUUUGUGAAUAAUAAAACAGUGAAAGACUUCAUUCCUCGCUGCAAGAUUUAAAAAAAGUGUUUUUUCUGGAACUCAAGUCUCAAUAAAGUCAAAGAA